AUGCUGCCGAAUUUCGUAGAAGCUAAUCGUAAGGGUUAUACUACACUACCAACGAAGCAUCAAAGGUGUUACAUACAUACACAAUUGAGUCUGCUUACGGACAUCGUGAAUGCGAUGUCACCCCGUGGCGAGCUGCCUCUCGAGUUGGCUCUGCGCGGGCGAAGCGCUUCAAUAGCGACCACUCUACUGCAGCAUUGCGCCGACCCCGACGCACGAGGACCGCGCGGACGCACGCUGCUGCAUAGAGCUGUCGAUUCAAGGGAUGCCUUCUCUGCCAGGUUUCUUGUGGACAAUGGAGCCGACCCAAGUCUCACAACUAAAGAGGAAGGCGACACUGUGCUGCAUCUCAUUGCGGCACUCACGUCUAGCUCCUGCGACACCGAGACUAUGGAACAGAUGGUUGAGAUAGCAGAGACGGUCGUGCUAAAGGGCACCGACAUCAAUCGUCAAAACAGAAAAGGAUUCACUCCUCUUCAUCAAGCAGUUAUAUCAAGAAAUCAAAGAGUUUUUGAUCUCUUACUCAAGCAGGCCAACUUGGACACUAAUUUACGUACUCUAUCAGACGAACAUCCGCCUUUGUACUAUGCUCUCGUUGACGACAGACGUGCUUCGAUCUCCUCCAGUGAGACUUUAGUUAUGAACGGAUCCAAUCCCUUCGAUACGCCGGUGACCAACAAAAACGCCUUUACCGAAGAUCCAGUGGAAGGCAAAACAGAGACCAUCAUAGAAAGAGGCUUUGCUGCGAAACUACUGGAAAAAGGGUGUCAACCUAAUCCAUUAUAUUCUGUCUCUGGAGAUAGCCUACUGCAUAUAUUAAUUCAAGGAUGGUUUGAGGAUUCCGCAGUAUUUUUAGUGUCACACUUGAAUGGAGAUCUAAAUCAUAGCAAUGAGGCGGGGCUUACGCCACUUCAUGCAGCUUGUGCUAAUGGCCUCACACGACUAACAGCCGCUCUCCUGGAGCACGGCGCUCGGCACAACGUGCAGACUGCGUACGGCGAGCAUGAGGACACCGUCUAUCGACAAACCCCUCUACAUUUAGCCGUCCUAAACAACCAUGAAGGUGCUGUACUAGCCAUCAUCGAACACAAAAAGCUUGUGGAAAAAGGUGACUUGCCAGCUGCGGAUAGAAGCAACGUCAGUCUGGUGCCGAAUUUGAAUCUGAAGAAUUCAGAGGGAGAUACUCCUGUGAGUCUUGCGCUUACUGAGGGACACAAGCAUCUUAUCGCACCACUAAUUGAAGGUGGAGCUGAUCCAAAUAUUCGUAAUGGGAAAGGAUUUACACUGUUACACCAAGCCAUUGUUGAAGAAGAUUCUAGAACUGCAAUUUAUCUACUCGAUCACGGAGCUGAUAUGAACGCAUUGACGGAUGGUGGCGAGACGCCGCUGCAGCUGGCGAUCCACUGCCGGCUGGGGCUGGUGGUGGAGGCGCUGUGCGUGCGCGGUGUCGACAUGAGCCGCCUCGACGCGCACGGCGUACCACCGCUCUGGGCCGCGCUCGACUCCGGCCAGGAGGAAGUGGCCAGUAUUCUUGUCAGAAAUGGCGCCGAUGCUGACUGUUGGGGUCCCGGUCCCGAUGGAUGCCUACAAACUUUAUUGCACAAGGCGAUCGACGAGAACAAAGAGACGUUGGCGACCUUCCUGAUUCGUGCGGGCUGCGAUGUGGAAUGUACACGACGCAUCGGCCCAAAUGGCGAAGGCGCUGAAGUGGCGGCCGAGCGUCACACACCGCUGCACCUGUGCUGCACCUGGGGCCUCACCGACGUCAUACAGACAUUACUAGAACACGGUGCAAAUAUAAACUCAAAAGACGCUGAAGGAAAAACGCCGGUACACAUUGCGAUCGAAAACCAGCAUGCGGGUAUCAUUUCACUGCUGCUAUCGCAGCCCGGCAUAGAUUUGUCCGCAAGAGACAAUAAAGGAGUUUCCCCAUUCGCGGCUGCACUUACAGCUAGAAAUAAUAAGGCAGCUCAAGCUAUACUUGAGAAGAAUCCCUCGGCUGCUGAACAGCAGGUGGACAAGAAGGGGCGCAACUUCCUGCACGUGGCGAUCCAGGCGUGCGACGUGGAGAGUGUGAUGUUCCUGUUGUCGGUGGAGGUGGACGUGAACUCGCGCGUACAGGACGCCACGCUGGCGCCGCCGCUGCACCUGGCCGCGGCGGCCGGCAGCGAGCUGCUACUGCGCUCUCUACUGUUGGCCGGCGCUCGCCCCAACGACCGUGACGCGCACAAGCGCACGGCGCUGCACGUGGCGGCGGCGCACGGGCACGCGGCGAUCGUGUCGGCGCUGGCGGGCAGCGGCGCGGAGUGCGGCGCGGCGGACGCGCGCGGCGACACCGCGCUGCACGUGUGCGCGCGCGAGGGCCACGCCGCCGCCGCGCGCGCGUUGCUCGCCGACAGCGACAUCGACGCCGCCGCCACCAACCUCAAAGGUCGUAAUCCUCUACAUGAAUUGUGCUGGUGCAAAAAGGACAACGCGGCCACUAUUUGCGAGAUAUUUUUAGAAUUUAUGCCCGACUACCCAAUCAACAAAACGGAUUUGCAGGGUAAUACUCCACUGCUACUCGCCUAUAUGAAUGGACAAGCCGCCAUGUGUAAGGUGCUCGUACGAGCUGGUGCGUGUCUAGCACAAGAAAAUAAAGAUGGAAUCUCAAUAUUUAAUUAUCAGGUGGCUACGAAGCAACUUCUGCAUCGACUAUUAGACGCCCUGCCGUCAGAAGCACCUUGGGCGGAAAGUGACCUAUGCCAAGAAUGUGGCACCAAGUUUACUCUUACCAUGAGAAAACAUCAUUGCCGUCACUGCGGUCGCAUGCUAUGCCACAAAUGCUCAAACCAAGACGUGCCCAUACUAAAAUUUGGCCUCAACAAACCACAACGAGUGUGCGAGAUAUGUUUCAACGUAUUACAAGUUGGGGCCAGUUAG